AUGGAUCGCAGCCCCUCGCCACCGGCUCCACGGGUGUACACAGAGGCCCAGCCGUCCACCAUAUUCGUGUACGCCGAUAUGGCGAAGUUCAUGGAGGUGGUGCGAAGUUUCACCGGCCAGACGGCGCCCGCGAACGUGCCGACAUCGGCAGCGUUGGAGCCGGGGCGGCAACACCAGUCAAUGCUUGCACUGGCAACUGCCAAGGCCCCGGAGCCAAGCGCGCCCGGCUUAGUAUCGCAACUGACGCUGUCACCGCCAUUGUCGUUGGACAAUCCAGUUCCGUGCGUCCUCAACAAGGCGCCGGAUCCAUGGUCGCUGGCGACGUCGUCGUCUGCGUCAAUGCUCUCUGAGGAGGUGGAGGUGGAAGACGCUGAGGAUGUGGAGAUGAAGAACGCUGAAGAGGUGGAGGCCAUCAAAGAGGGGAGGUUCUAUCUACGGCCAUCGCCGCCGCCUGGGGGGAACUCGGACGCUGGCGUGCCGAAGCUGCUGAUGUUGUUCCCGCUGGCUCCUUCCACCCGUGAAGGAAAUUGA